GCCUACACUACACACAAAAAAGGAGAUACUGUUACAAUUUUCUGGUUAAAUUAAUUUUCAAUCUGGACCUUCUGUAACAGAGAGAGACUAAUAGAGGAAGAGAUCGAGUUUCCUUUAUAAUUUCGUCUUGGAUUGGCAGGAAGCAGCUUCAGUGUCGGAGAUCAAAAUCAUGCAAUUCAGAAGCCAAAAACUUCACUGUGGGACUCUUCGCUUAGGCUGAAAUGUGGAGAAACCGGUAUUCUUUAGUGAGGAAGGAGCGUCCAAGGCAGAGGAGCUGAGACGGAACAAGAAGAAAUGAAGAAGCAAUCCAAAUCUCGACCAAAACAGAGAUAGAGGAAGAGAUCUAGUUUGUGUUACGUGUACUGCUAUAGCUGUACACGGGUGAUAUCUUAUCCAUGUGAAUAUUCCUUUAUGCAUAAUAAACACACCACGUGAGGAGGCACGUGCGGAGAGAGGCUUCACGCAGAGUGUGUGACAGGAGAGGGACCUUUUACUAUAUAAGCAGUGAGAGGGGAGAGAGUAAAGGGUAUCUAGAGUUUAGAUCAAUCAAGGUUAAAGGGGGAGGUGAGGGUACUCCAUUUAUAAACCUCUCAAGGUUCUUAAGUGAUUGUAAAGACAGUUCUAUUUCAAUAUAAUCGUUAUCCAGCUUUGUAUUUGCUUGAUUCUCUGUUUGGGAAUACAUUUCACAUAACAGUGGUAUCAGAGCUUUUAACGAGCCAUGGGAACGAUGAUGGAGUUUCCGGUUUUCUAUGGUGAAGAUCCGGAGAAGUGGAUUUCGUGGAUGGACACCUUUAUCUCUGCUGAAGGUCUUUCAGAGUUUGAGACGAGACAGUUAGCAUACGGUUUCAUUGACGGUGAAGCACACAAGUGGUACUGCGAUGAGAUGACGAGAUCUGAGUUUAACAGCUGGGAGGAUCUUAAAUUCAGGUUGAUCCAGAGGUUCAGCACGAGGUCAGAGACGGAGAAGGCAAAGCUAGAGUGGCAGCGCCGGCUAAAACAGUUAGAUCGCCUCAACGAGUGGCUUGAACGAAGAUACCCAGAAAAAUCUAUAGUGGAGAAACAACAGAAAGGAUCAGACGAGGUUCCUGAUUCUGACUUGAAUCAGAUUCCAAGCCAGGGCGGUGGAUCUCUGAAGAGUAUCGUUCCGGUUCCGGUUGCGGAGCAGAAUCAGUCGAUGGAGCAGAACCAACCGAUGGCAACAUCGGAGGUGAAGGACCAUCUGUCGACUCUGAGGAGCGAGGUUCCUUUGCUUGUAUCAGAUCCGACAAAAGAGGUGGUGGUAUCUGAAGAAGCAGAAGCUCAUACGUCCCUAACCAACCUGUUUGAGAAAGUUCCGUCUAUUGAGCGUAAAGGUAACACGAGAAGGAAGAAGAAGAGAUGGAAGGAAAUCUAUGGCAUCUGUGAAAUAAAUUUGGGGCAACUUGUUAAUAUAGCAGAACAGGCAGAGCACGAGCGCAUGAAAGGGAAGAUGAGAGAGACUCAGAAAGAUAGAAAUGCCUACCAUGUGUUCGACAGAAUGCCUCUCAAAAGGAACGAGGCAACUGAGAAGAGCAAGAAAAGAAAAAUGAAGGGGACUAAGCCUAGUAACCAGAACGUGAAUGCAAGGAGACAAUACCAAAGACUGAACUGUCGAAGGUUAUGCCUCAUUCUUGUGCUAAACAAAAGGUUUCAUUUGGGCUUCAUGAAGAAAAAGAAGAAGUUGGGGCUGGUGGAGCAUGAUGUCUUGUACGGGACACUGUAUCUGUAUCUGAGAGAAAAAAGAGUGAAGAUGAAGAACAAGAGAGAGAGAUUUACUAAGUCUAAGGGGUGGAAACACAAAGGUAAGGAGGAUAAGUCAGAAACGCAGAGACUGCAGAGGGAGAGUAUAUCUACACUUCGGAGGAAGAGAGUAACAAAGAGGCGUAAGAGAGUAAGCUGUGUACUUGUGAACACUCACCAGAAGGUCAACAGACAGUGGCUUCUGAGUUUCAUAAAGAAGAAGAAGGGUCGAAUGAAGCUGGUGUAUGAUAAGAAGAGCAGGAAACUGUUUCACACAAGGGAUUUUGAAAAGCCGGCAGGUGAUGGAACAGUUCUGAAACAAAGUGCCAAAGGGAAGAGGAUGGAGUUCAAACGUAACCACAAGAAGCAAAAUAAAUGGAUUAGGAAACUGUUCUCAGCCGACUUGUGGAGCAAUCAAUGGCUGCAGCUAAAUGUUAUUGUGAAGUUGAGUGGUCAGCGGUUGCUAGAUGUUAAUAAGCUCCGACUGUAUAAGAAGUGUGCGUAUGAGAAUAUCUAUUUAAAGGGUGACAGAUGGAUUCAGUGGUAUGGGUUAGAGAUGCCAAAUGUGAAGUUCUUCUUGCCUGAUAUAACAGUGAGGCCGCUCAAGUAUCAAGGGAAGCAAAACAAAGGAAGUGUGAAGCAUGAUAAGAUGAGGAGGUGGAAGUAUAAAUUAGGGAGAAUGAAACUCUCUAUUAACAUGUUACUGAUCAGCGAAAAAAGUACAGAACAGGAGAUGACGAGCUGGAUGGAAGGAGGAAAAAUAGAAGGGAGAGACAAGCUAGAUGUCUUACUUCUGGAGAUGGACAUCACCAAAGUAUUACUGGAACUGCAGUGGUUGGAAACUCUGAAGAAUAUAGAAGUGAACUUGAGACAGCAGAUGGAGAACAUAGACAUUCAGAGACGUGGCUUGCUGGGUUCAAUGUUCUUGGUGGAAGAAAAUGAUGAUAUCAAAAGUCUGAAACCUGUGAAGAAGAGUAUCUUGCAGUCAGUAAAGUGGUUGAUGACGAAACACAGCUUUGAGCCAGGAAACCGAGUUUGUGAACCUGGAGUAAUAGCUGGUAGACAGGUUGGCAGUGACACAGGAAAUAAACACUUUAAAAGCAGUAUAUGUGUUGCAUACAAUGGAAAGGACAGCUUCUCAGGACGUCGCAUCACUUCUUUUGGUGAACGUAAAGAAGAGCCUGAAGCAUUAUCAAAUGGAGUUCUAGAAGCGGGCUUGGGUUGUUUCAUGAGCAAGUUAAAGACAGACUUCGACACCUUCAAGGGAGCCAGGAUGAUCAAGCUCAUGCGACAACAAUGUCUGACUGGAGAAGUCAUUGCUCCUGAUCUGCUUCACGGUACAUAUGGGAUGUUCCAUUCUCCAAGACCACCAGAAUGGUUGGGCAUUCCAUGUCAUGAUUUCAAGUUGUGGAAGAGUGGAAGCGCCAAGGAUUGCACUUUCUGUUUCAGGUUUACAACAGAUUUAAAGUUGUUUUCAACAAGGACGGGGGUAUGUUGCAGCAAGGUAUCCAUCUAUGAACAAAGAGAGAUCGAAGAGAAGAGAUAUCAGUUUUCUCCUUUCAACCUUGAGGACAAGGUUGAUUUCAAAGGCGGCGGUAUUGUUACGUGUACUGCUAUAGCUGUACACGGGUGAUAUCUUAUCCAUGUGAAUAUUCCUUUAUGCAUAAUAAACACACCACGUGAGGAGGCACGUGCGGAGAGAGGCUUCACGCAGAGUGUGUGACAGGAGAGGGACCUUUUACUAUAUAAGCAGUGAGAGGGGAGAGAGUAAAGGGUAUCUAGAGUUUAGAUCAAUCAAGGUUAAAGGGGGAGGUGAGGGUACUCCAUUAUAAACCUCUCAAGGUUCUUAAGUGAUUGUAAAGACAGUUCUAUUUCAAUAUAAUCGUUAUCCAGCUUUGUAUUUGCUUGA